UGUUAUGCAUAAGGUACCGGAAAAGGUCCUGACUUCUCUUGUGUAUAGUCGAAGAAAGAGGAGUGUGGUACCUGAGGAACAUAACCUAGGAAAAUGCAAGAAACAGGAUGAUUCAUUUGAUGACUCUAUUGUCCCAGUUUAUAACCCUGGAGAAAGCACAAAAAGGAAAAAUCGCUUCAACAACUGCCUUGUCUAUAGCCGAAAGAAAAAGAGAGGCGAAACUAUAAGAAGGGCUGAUGGGAUUGAUGAUGCUGUUGUCUCUGGGCACAACUGUGGAGAAACCAAGAGAAGAGACAAUCAAUUAGAUCUUUGUCUCAUGUACAGCCGCAGAAAGAAAGGUGGAGUAAAGUCUAACAGUUGUGGCGGGGAUCAAGCUGACUCUUUUGAAUCUAGCCAAAGGGAGCAGAUAGUUAAAGCUGAUGGGGGCUUUACUGGAUCUAACCCUGGAGAAGUCAAGAAUAGUGGUCAUCGACAUCUUUACAGCCAAAGUAACCCGUUGGUGAAAUCUAAUGGCAGUUUUGCUGAAUGUCACACUUGGGGAACCAAGAGAACUGGUGAUACAUCUGAUGGCUUGCUUAUGUAUAGCCGGAGGAAGCUGAGAGGGAAAUCUAUUGGUGCCCAUAUUGAUGGCUUUCUAGUGUAUAGGCGGAAGAAAACCAAAGCAAAUAGUAUUUCUCAUGCUGAACAAGCGUGCAGAUCUCUGGAACUUAGAUCUGUUGGUGCUCGGGUUAAUGGCUUUCUAGUGUAUACGCGGAAGAAGCCUAAACUAAAUAGUAUUUCUCGUGGUAAACAACUAUCUUCUUCUGAUGGAACAAAUGACAGCUGCUCUUCACAAUCCAGCUCUCAACUUGCUUCAGGUUCCAGUAAAAAUGGAAAAAAUGAAGCUACAGAUUGCGAUUCCUCUGAUACAGACGGUAGUAUCAGCCCUUUCAGACAAUGCAAACGUUGUGAUAAGGCAGGAAUUGUGGAGAAGAUGUUAAUUUGUGAUGAAUGUGAAGAAGCAUACCAUCCAAGGUGCUGCCGUGUUCGAGUGAAAGAAGCUGCGGAGAUAGAUGACUGGGUCUGUCGAUCCUGUUUGAAAAAGAAGCCAUCAAAGACAAAGAUUAAGGGGAGAUCACGGGAACGGAAAUGGAGAGUUAGAGGACCAUUUGUGAUUAGAAUUCGAGUAGGAAAAGAGUUUCAAGCAGAUGUUCCAGACUGGUCAGGUCCAAUCAUGAGUGAUACUUCUUUUCUUGGUGCGCCCUUGGUGAUUGAUGAGUCAGAAUAUAUGCAU